GAGGGUAAUGCUUGUAUGAAUUCAUACGUGUCUAGCGCCAUGCAUUCAGCUCUGUCUCUUUCUUUCUCCCACGCAACCGCUAUGCAAAAACUUAUUGCGCAGUAGAAUUUUGGCAGUCUAUUUUGUCAGUGUGCAAGCGGAUUGAAAAGAAAAAUGUAUUGUUGAUAGCAAACUUUACAAGUAAUAUAUUUAAACUUGUCAACUGCUACAAAAAACGAAUUUUGAAGUAUUUGUUUAUACUUUCAACAUAAAUGAAAUAAAAAUGUCUACGUAUUGCCGGCACUACGAACCACAUACAUCCCAGAAUUGCAGCGCACAUGAAGAGAAUACGCCCCCGCCUCAACAGGGGGGACUGGAAGACCUGUCACAUGUGGAGUCCGCUUCGGCAUUGCAACCAUCAGCAUCCGAUGCCAAAGCAGGAUCGAAUCCAGCCUCACAUUCCAAGCUGGGUAGUUGCUGCAUUUUUAAAGAAUACUUUAACGAAUAUGCGAACAUGAUCGACACGCUGCACAUUGCACCACGAUUGUUUAUACUGAAGCGACCAUUCCGAAGUAAUACACCUUAUACCUUGAACUUAUCGAUUCGCAAUAAUGCACUGUUCCCGCGACUUCUAGAAUUCAGCACGGACAGUCCAACAGACACAUGUGUGUCCAUUGAUCAACACGAACUUAAUCGUUAUGUACAGACAGACAAAGUUCUUAAUGUAAGGAUCAACAUGCGGUGUACAUCCUCCAAAAACAUCAACCGCCGUCGUCACAUAUUCAUCCACAGCUUUCACCCAAACAUCAUAUUCGAAGUGCCCAUUAUUGUGGUAAGCGUGUUGACAGAAGCCUCUAUCUGCGAACAUAUGGUACUUCCGUCGACAGUGCCCAAGAAUAAGAGCUAUUAUGAAACUAUCAUCUACAAUCCUACCAAAGAGCCAAUCUCAAUAAAGUACAGAAAUAGCUAUAAAGGUCUCAAGCUUAACUACUUAAAUAACUACACCGUGCAGGCAGAGGAUUACGUAAAAUUGCUUAUAACAUUUGAACCGAAGAAACUGCAGGAUUACAAAGGAUUCUUUAACAUUAAGUUCGGAAUGUCUCCUCCCAGACUUGUGAUAUUCGAAUACACUCCCAGGUCAAUGGGUGUAUAUAUGAAUAAAGGCUAUGUGCAUUUUGGGCGCUCCAAAUUCAAUGAGGAAUCUUCACGCUCCAUAAUUGUUUGCAACGAGAGUCCCCAUGCAGUCAAAAUGAAACAUCAAUUCCAUGUCGAGCUAGAUGAUCAGGCUGAAGCCAACUCCAUGUCGAGAUUCUCCAAUAAUAUGUUUGAGGAAGCUAUUAGCAUGCACAGCAUAUUGAUGUACGACUUCGAUGAUGAGAAUCAGGCCCAAACGAUUGUUUAUAACGACGACGCUGCCAAACACUUUCAUUUAGAAGUGCCUGAUGUUAUCGAAGCUUUUUCGUCCCACGAGAUUGCGCUCACAUUUCGACCCUUUUACGAUGAAGAAAAGCCUUUUCCAGAUGACCAGGAUCCACCGUACUUUCAGCGCACCAGGAUUAACUUUUGCUUCACUGAUUCAUUCGAUUGCAUGCAGACACAUUAUGUUCUAACUGAUGGCGAAAUUAGCGGCAUUGAAAUCGAAAUGUUUCCGAAGACAAUUGAUUUUCGCAAAAUCUACUUGGGAGAGGAGCACUGUGCCUACAUCAAAGUUCUAAACGUAGAUGACGUGAAUGCCAAAGUUAAGUACAAGGAUUGUCUGGAGCCCGAGCUUUGUGGAUUGCGAAUGACGCCCGCUGAAGGAUUCGUUUUGGAGCCCUGUAAUCGUGGCGUGUUCCAUUUGUCGCUCUUUGUCAUUGCGCCCGCCCGUUUCAACAUUACACUGCGCUUCAAGGUGGAGAACGGCAUGUAUUACCAUGUGUCGAUCAAAGGCACUGGACAAAAUGUACAGCUGCGCACUUUUCCGCAACUCGUUGAGUUUGGAACUGUACCGUUUGCAGUGCCCCAGAAGCGUUUUAUGCUUCUCAUGAAUCCGCUGGCUGUUCCCAUUACCCUUCAAGUUCAUGCAACUGAGGAUGGCGAGGAGCAGCCCUUAAUAUUUAAUAUUCGAGACUCGAGCAAAAUUCUGCCUAUUACUGUGCGAGAUCCCAUCAAGGAACUGCAGCGAGCUCAUGAGGACAUCCUAGAGGAUGUUGACUUGACGCUUGAUGCUCGCUUGUCGUCAAUUGAGAAUGAUUUAUUAUCAGAAAAAUCUUACGUCGUCAAUGAGUCGGAAUACAGCUCGGAAUUUGAAGAGGAAGUUAUGGAGCCUGUUCCGGCCAUGGCCAGUCGUCUGCUGAAGGACCUCAAGAAGCAAAAAGUCUUUGACAAAUCGGAAACAGACAAACGCGUUAUUCAGGAGGCGCUACAGAAUCUCUUGGAGACAAACUACUUUAGCAUUUUCCAAAAGCACAACAACUUCAUCUUCAUGGACUGGAAUGGCAUACCAAGCGAUCCCAAUGAAGUGUACUGCGAUAAUGAGAUCAUAUACCUGCGUCCCAAUACCGGACGCAGCAUAACCAUAUUGAUAAUACCCAAUCGAGUUGGAUAUUUCCAUCGAUCGCUUACUGUGCGUAUUUGCCCGACGAUGCCGCCUGGGGACUCUGAGUCAAGCGAGGAUCACCAGAAGACUCUUAUCAAAUCGGAAUACCUUUGCUCUAAGCUGUGGUUCGAGUACAAUUGCUCGACACCAGAGAUUGAAUGGUACAACAUUGUUAACCUAACCGAACUGACUAUCUAUGCUGGAGAGGAAUACAAUUUUAAUAUGCUAUUUUCCAACGUAUCAUCAGUAGGAGGCUUCUUGCACUUUGAUGUCAUUCCAAAUGAGAUGAGUUUUCGUGAUGGCACUUGGAAGUUUUACAUUGGCUCCAAGUCGCAGGUGAUCGCCAAGUGUGUUGUCGUUUUUCGUAUUGUUGGCCACAAUAAGCUGUCGGGUUUAUUGAAAAUAGUCGGCGACCCACAUCCCUAUCCCUUUCAUUUGUAUGGUAACGUUUUACCAACGGAAGUUCGCAUCACGCCCAUGUUUGUGCAUCGGCGAGUUCAUGUCUACGAGAAAAAUAAGGUGCACUUUUACAUUGACAAUUUCUCACCGACAAACACGAAGCUGUCAAUGAAGCUGAAAGACGAUCGGUUUCAAUCGCUAACAGUGCGAGGAGGAAUGCUAGCGCCUACUGGACAGAGCAUGUACACAACAAUGGACUCGAUGUUUACUGAUCCUGAUCUGUAUCACAAUAUACUCUACAUUGAUCUUCAGUUCGAUCAUGUUAUGGAGAUUCCCAUCACAUUUCUAGUGGAAGGAGUUCCUUUUUACUUUGAUCGCAAUAUGGAAGAGGGCUUUGAUGCCGGACUGCUCUUUACCGAUCUCAAGGAGGACUUCUAUGCACAUAAAUACAAGUACAAAUUCAAACUAAAAGUAUUUAAUCGAGGACUGCUCACGUAUCGUGCGGCGAUAUCCCGUUUGAAGACCUAUAAUCCCAAAGUCAAGUCGUCUGCAUGUACCAAUCAACCGCUGACCGCUCGCUUUGAAAUUAUUCCGAAACUCUUGGAAAUGCAACCAAAUUCGGAGGCGGAAAUUGAGAUUUUGAUAAGCAGCUAUGAGGAAGGAGAAUUCUUCAGUGAUUUUCUGUGGGACAUUACUGAGGUAACACAUCCACAGCGUAAGAAUGUUAUCAAGAACACAUACAAAGCAACCUUUGUGGAGUGUGAUGUUAGUUGGGAUCACAAACAGCUCGCAUUCAACUAUAAACCCAGUCAGCCCUUGAAAGAACGCUCCCACAUUGAAACCGCCGAUCUAAUCAACUACACUAAUUUAGCUGUAGACAAUGUGGAGCUAGAGGCGCAAGGUCCUUUUCGCAUCAAGGAGUUGUUUGAGCACAAUUUUGAAAAGCAGAUCAAGGUCUCGUUGAAUAGUCUGGAACGUAAAGAAAUACUGGUGAUACUAAAUAAGGCGGCCUUGAAACAAUUAUACUGCAGGCAAAUUGAAGGACGCAUUAAUGUGCUUGCCGUCAAAAAAAUGCAAAAACCUCUGCUCCUACGUCUCUCUGUGCAAGUACCCGAAGUCAACAUACUCCAACCGGAGUUGGUACUCUUUGAUCGAGGACAACCAUUCGAUGAUUGCGUCGAGAUCAUAAACCACGGUUGCUCCUCAGCUAACUUUAAAUGGAAACGCAUCGAAGUGAGCGAGAACUUUGUUGGCGACGACGAUCCUGCAGAUCUGGUUGCCGACGUUCUCUCCCAGAUUUUGCUUACGCUCGAGUACAAUUUUACCUGUGAGGAAGAGUCUAACAUGACAUUACGCUACCAACAAUGUCGCUGUCAGCUUCAAAAGGAAACAGAAACUGGGCAUCUUAUACUUGAUAUUAUUGACGAAAUUAUUAGUGAAAUCGACCUAACAAAUCGGCGCUUUAUUGUACGCAUGGACGAGGUAGAUGCUUUGCUCGAUAACAGCGAUGUUUACAGUUCUUCGAGUUUUGUUCGUCAGACAAUUGACGAAAUACUUGACCAUCUAAACAUUGAGUCCAGCCAGGAGUUGUCAUUGGCAUCCUCAGAAUAUUGUUUCUCCGAUCGCUUCAUUUACUUCUAUGAGAAGUGUGGUCUUGUACCUAAGCUGCAACAUCAAUCAUGUCUGCUUCAUUUACCACACAUUCGCCGGGGACACGAGGUCAAAUCGCUGUUCCAACUGGACAUUGUUGGUGGUCGGAGUCAAUACUUUUCAGUGACACUGGUUAAUUUGGCGCAGAAAAUUAAAUUCCACAAGGACAAUAUCUACUUAAAUAUCAAGCCUUGGUACGAAAGCUUCAGCUCCAUCAUACGUAUAUCGAAUGUGACCAAAUAUCCUCUACAAUUGCUGGUUAUGCCAAUGCUGCCGGAGAGCAAGGAGAAAAUACUUACUGACGGAUAUGCGAAACUUAUGCAGGAUGAAGAACUAGAGCUCGUAUCUUUAGGUGCUGAUAAAAUUAAAGUUAACGGCAUACUGGGACUCAACGAGAACUUUCUGCGCUCCUUCGGUGUGCUGAUCAACAACAGUGCUAACAGCUAUUUCCGACUGCGUGGCCAAGGGGUGCUGCCCAUUUUGAACAUAUCGACAGUACUACCCAAGGUGGAACAAAGCAGUUCUGAAAUACUUGAGGAAUACUCUUUUAUGCGCAAAAUUUACAACUACGAAACAUUCAAGAGCAUCACAGAGGUCGAUGGAGAUAUUAUGGGUCUUCGUGGCGAAGAGGACGACCAGGAAGACUCCUUUACUAUAGAUUUCUCGCAUCUAUCGGAGAGUGAUGAGGAUAUGUCAGCAGCACAAAGACGUCACCACGAUUAUCGGUUGUUUCAGAUGGUAAAGACCUAUGUGCUCGUUAAUAACAAUCAGGAACUGCCGAAUGCCACUGUACUUAAUCAGAUGCUGGUAACGGAGCGUUACUUGCAUCGACUGCGAAUCAAUCCGGAGCUAUACGAUAUCCAUCAGAAGGUGUAUAAUAAGUACAUUAGUCUGCACAAAACCCAAGCCUACAAGGCUUCAAAUGUCAAGCAUUUCACUGUGCAGCCUUUGCCAUGUGAACAACUUGCCUAUGUUCUGGACUUGGGGCCCCUCACCCUUAAUACGCUAAGGCGAUUCGAAUUGCGACUGCAUUUCUUUGGACCAGGCAAACUAAUCGCAUCUGCACGCACAGCUGUCAAGGUGCCUGGACUCUACGUUGAUUUCCAUGUGGAAAAUCAACCUGACAAGCAGUUCACCUACUGGGCGGAGAAGUGCAACGCGCCCGAAUUCUUUGACAAGGGUUAUCGAAACAUGUGGGAACGGCUUCUUGACGCGUCAAAGAGUCCCAGACUGAAUCACGCACACUCUUUCGACUUUGAUAAGUUGACGAGACAUCAGCGCGUCUUGACAGACAGAGAUCGUCGCAUGAUCGAGGAGUAUUACAACAGUUUGAAUCCCUCGGUUUAUCCAGACCAAAAGCACCAUUUCAUACUUGCAAAAGUAUUUACCGCGUAUCACUCAAAUUUUUCUGGCGUCGAAAUUAAACUAGUUGGACUAUUUAAGCCCGAGUCAAAGUACUACGAACGCGAUCAGCGUAUAGUCGACUACAUUUACAUUGAUCUACACAUGGGACCCACGCUGCCCAUUCUACUACGAGGCGUGAUCUCAGCGUGAACAACAAUUGAUUUUUAUUGAACCUGAUGUGCUGCAGUUAUUAAUGUGUUAAAUUUAUAUGUGCUAAAAUAAAACAACAAAAAUACGC